GACAUACUGUAGAGGAACAGUAGAAACUUGGCAUCAUUCGAUAUUAUUACUAACAAAAUGAAAAGGAGAGAAAAAGCAAUGGAUGAAAGUACUGCUGAGUCAGAAGGAGGUGAAACUAUUACUGAUAUCCAAAAUUAUUUAGCUUCUUUUAACAAAGAGAUUCAAGAUGGAGGUACUACUGCAACUUCUGGAUCAACAUCACAGCUUGAAACUGUUGCAGAAGGCGACUCUAAUGCAGAGCAAGGAGCAGAAACAGCAUUUUUUGUUGCUGCUCCUGGCACAAGUACAGGGGAAGGAUAUCAGUACGAGCAAGGAGAAGCUUCGUUCGGAACUACUUACUAUGCAUCUACUGAUGGCACCUAUUAUGCAAGUGCUUCUGGAGAUCCAAACCAGCAUGGCACAAUUACAGCCUAUGCUCAAGCCGAUGGUACUACCAUCUUACCUGUUACUGGACAAAGAGCUUUUAGAACAGUAGCAGCUGGAGAUUCGGGUCUGCAACAGAUAGUUCUUGCUGUUAGUGACUCCAGUGCAUCUGGCACUGCUGGUGGUAGUAGACAAGAAAUAGUAGCCAUCCCUGCAUCCCUAACUUCUCAAGCAAUUUCUGGUUCCACACAAGAGCAAGCUUUUGUUUCAAUGCAGGGUAGUUCAUCACAGGACUCUUCAAUUGAUGAGGACCAAGAUGGACAGAGUCAGGCACAACUUGCUUCAAUUGAAGACAGGACUCAAUCUGAUAGUAAAAGUGGGAUCCCUCAGGUUCAAACAAUACGCAUGGUAUUACGCCAACCAGAUGGAACAGAAACAGAACAGACCCUUCCCGUUUCUUCAUCUCGUGUUCCCACACUCCUUACAAAUGAUGGUCAAGAAGUUCAGCUAAGUGAUGAAAAUCAGUUACAAAUGAUUUCUACCAUUGUGGAGCAAGCAGCUGCUGGUGGUUUAACAGAUGGAAAUAAUCAGGUUAUUUUAAAUGUUGGUAAUGCUUACCAAGCCGUAACAGUUGUUCCAACUAAUGGCAACUCAGGAGAAGUCAGUUAUAUGUUCAUAGUUGCUCAAGCAGAUGAUGAUAAAGAUCCCUCAAAAGAUAUUGAUCUUGAUAUGUCUGUCUAUGAUUUUAACGAAGGAGAAAAACAUGGUGAAAUUGUUGCUGAAGAAGUUGCACCAGAUGGUACAAAAACGAGAACCAUUAGAAUUACACAAAAGAAAAGCCAGAUUGUUACUCAAGCUCACAUGUGUAAUUAUUGUAACUAUACAAGUCCUAAGAGAUAUCUAUUGUCCCGUCACAUGAAGUCUCAUUCUGAGGAGCGUCCUCAUAAAUGUGGAGUCUGUGAAAGAGGUUUUAAAACACUUGCUUCGUUACAAAAUCACGUUAACACUCACACUGGAACUCGGCCACAUUGUUGCCGUGAUUGUGAUUCAUCUUUCACUACAUCGGGAGAAUUAGUUCGUCAUGUUCGCUACAGGCACACUCAUGAAAAACCUCAUCGAUGUACUGAAUGCGAUUACGCCAGUGUUGAAUUGAGCAAACUCAAACGUCACAUGCGCUGCCAUACUGGAGAGCGACCAUAUCAGUGCCCUCAUUGCACCUAUGCUAGUCCUGACAUGUAUAAACUAAAACGUCAUUUAAGGAUACAUACUGGUGAAAAACCAUAUGAAUGUGAUAUUUGUCAAGCACGUUUUACACAGUCGAACAGUCUCAAGGCUCACAAGCUCAUUCAUUCUGGAAACAAACCCUCUUUUCACUGUGAUUUCUGUCCUACAACCUGUGGACGCAAAACAGAUUUACGAAUACAUAUGCAGAAGCUUCAUACCAGUGACAAACCUUUAAAAUGUAAGCGUUGUGGAAAGACAUUUCCAGAUAGAUAUUCAUAUAAGUUGCAUUCUAAAACUCAUGAAGGAGAAAAAUGUUUCAAGUGUGAUCUGUGUCCUUAUGCAUCAAUUUCUCAACGACAUUUGGAAUCGCAUAUGUUGAUUCAUACUGACCAGAAACCGUUCAGAUGCGACGAAUGUGACCAAGCUUUUCGUCAGAAACAACUUUUGCGUCGCCACAAGAACUUGUACCAUGAUCCUAAUUAUGUUGCUCCACCUCCAAAAGAAAAGACAAAUGAAUGUUCAGAAUGUGGAAAAGCAUUUAGACAUAAAGGAAAUCUUAUUCGUCAUUUGGCUAUCCAUGAUCCAGAAGCCUCUGUUGCCGAAAAAGAAGAAGCUUUGCGAAUUGGAGAGCCAAAAGGACCUGGGGAACAACCUGAUGGAGAAGAAGAGGAGUAUUAUGUUGAGGAAGAAGAGGAGGAGGAAGAUAUUGAUGCACCAUUUCCGGGAACCGUCACUAUUUCUGAACAAGGAACCGUACAAGAGACUGAAGAUGGGCAACAAGUUGUUGUAUUUGAAGUUAUACAACUCCAUCCUCAAGACGCAGAUUCACAAGCUGAAAAUGAUGAAUUAAAUUCAGCAAACAGUGGAGAGCCUGUACAGCUAACCACUUUACAAGAUGUUACUGAGGAAGAUUGCUUUGCAAGUGCUGUUGCAGAAGCAAUAGGAGAAGUACCGCCAUCUCCUGCUCCACCCUCUCCAUCAUCUACUCCUAGACGCAGAGGAAGACCCAGAAAACACAGUAUUCCACCACCCCAACAACCAGAGUUACUUAAACAGAUUAAAGUUGAAAAAGGACUUGAAAAAGAAGAAAUAAGCCAAGAAAGUAUGCAAAUUGCAAAUCGUGUGGGUAGGAAACGCAAGAUUACUGAAACAUCUGAACAAGUGUUUGAAAGUCCGGAAUUAUCUAAAAGAGGUCGUCCAAUGAGGUCUUGCAGAAUGAGAAGAGGAGAAGACACCCAAACUACACUUUCUGAAAUUCCUGCUAUUAACAAUGAUGAUGAAAUGGAGUCUUCUCUUCAUUGCCCUAGUCCUAAAGCAGAUAUGGAAGAUUUAGCUAAGAGAGAAGCUGAAUUACAGAGGAGAAGAUUAGAGCAAAAACAAAAAGAUAUGGAUGAAUGCUUUGGUUUUAAUGAUGAUGAAGAAGAAACUGAAACUAUUUUAGCUAUGCCUGCUGUGCCAGGCGCUCAGCCCUUGACAGUGAAUUUGGAAGAAAAUCUCCUCAGUAACCUGCGUAGUCACAAUGGAGUACUUACUGAAGCCACGUAACACUUAAAUGUUAUUGAUAGUUUCAAAUAUUUGCGGACUUAUUGCAAUAUGGUGUCAGUAGUUACGAAAACAUUCUGUGAUUCUCAAUUGGGGAUUGUCCACGAAGAAACUUUAUAAUUGUUGACUAGUGUCAGGCACCAUGAGCAGCAGAGACUGAAAUGCUGUGUUUUUUGUAAAUAUCUUAAGUGAAAUUUCUGACGUGAAUGUCUCACGCUUUUCCAAAAAGACUGAAGAAGAAGAGAAAAAAAAUCACAUGCACACAUGCAAAUUGAAGCCACAAUUUCUAACUUUCUGUAUAAAUUGACUGUGUGCCGCAAUUUCGAAAACCGUAUAUACUUUGUUAGUAUGAUAGAAUGUCAAAAUUCUGAAGCAAAACAGUAACAAUACUCGUCUUUUUUUUUUUUUUUUUUUUGUUUCAUUAUUUACUGAGAAAUGCACUUUUAAAAAGAAUUUAACUUUCUUUGAAAAAGCAUGUUAUUAUUUGUUAAUUAUUGAGAGUAUUGUCACUUUUUUUGAUGCUCAUUUAAAUACCAAAAGAACCAUUUAGUCAUUUUGACUUUUAAGCUAAUGACUUGCAUAUAAGUUAUGAGUAUGAAUACUUUUAUGUAAAAUGUUAAUACACUGUAUUUUGUUAAUUUUUAUGCAUAACUUGCAUGAAUUGCAUUGUUUUUUGUUGUUGCUGGGUAUUUAUUGAAUUUUUCGUAUUUUGUUUAUUAUUUAGAUUUGUGUUAAAUAAUUUUAUCAAGCAUUUUAUAUUUUUCUUAAAAAAGCAUUUCUGCAAAACUUAUGUAGUAUGGGAAAGAAAAAUUUAAACCAUUAAAAUGUAUAAAUGAUCAUUUUUUGCACGUUUGAAAUAUCUCAUGUAUUUUAUGUGAAUUACACAAAAUAAAUAUUGCAUGUAGAUCUAAAUGCAAAUGUAGGUACCAAGUUUUAAUUAUUGAUUACUAUAAUUAAUAAGUUAUGAUCUAACAACCAUUGUAUAUUUGCACGUCUUUUUGUCUCUACCCCCUUUCUUGUAGUACCCAAACUAUAUGUCAAAAUUUUUUUCCCUCAAUUCUAUGAAUAAUUACGACAAUUCAUUUUUUAUGACAACGUUUAAAAACACUUUUCUUCAAAUGUUUACACAAUUUGUUUGUUGAAAAUUUUUACUUGCAAUGUUAGUAUGUAAACUAAGAAGUGUUAAAAAUAAACCAUUGUGUUUUUCUGUUUGUUGGAAAAUUAUCUUUAAGCUUUUCUACUCUUUGAAAGGAGGAAUGAUUGUUACAAUUUACACAGAAAUAAUAAUGUGUAUCAAAAAUUACUUCAAUACUUGUAUAUAUUACUUUCUACUCCUUGGAAAAGUUAAUUUAUUAUAUUGAAUUGUAAUUGUAUUGUCUUCAAAAAAUAUAGUUUGUUAAAGAACUUUGAUUUUAAAUGAUAAAGAACAAGCAGGUUGAAAUUAACUGUAAAAUGCUGUCAGCACUAAAAUAACGUUUCUAAUGAGUCCCUUAAG